AUGGCGGAGCUGGACCUCGGGCAGCACUGCCAGGUGGAGCACUGCCGGCAGCGAGAUUUUCUUCCAUUUGUAUGUGAUGGUUGUUCAGGAAUAUUUUGCCUUGAGCACAGACGCAGAGAGUGGCACGGCUGUCCUGAGGUGACUGUAGUCAAGGAGAGGCUGCAGUCAGAGACACAUGUGUAUGCACGCUCGUUGGAGGACUGCGCCGAGAGAGGGCCCACGCGAGUCAUCCGCCCUGCCUGCCAGAGGACCUCCUGCCUGAGACACCCUCAUCAGUCAGAGCGCGGGUGUGAAAAACUGGAGACCGCUCAGCCUCGAAUGGCCGCCACUCGGAAGCUUGUUCAGGACAUCAUUGGUUCCAAGACCGGGCAGACGGCGAGAAAGUGAUGGAAAGGUGCCCAGAGUAGUGCGAAGGCGGCCAAGGUGGCCCUGAUGAAGUUGAAGCUGCAAGCCCACGGGGACCCGUCCUUGCCGCAGACAGAAAGAAUUUACCUGCAGGUUUUCCUACCCAAGGGGAGCAAAGAGAAGAGCAAACCAAUGUUCUUCUGCUCCCAAUGGAGCAUUGGGAAGGUCACUGACUUUGCAGCUUCUUUAGCCAGUCUCAGAAAUGACAACAACAGAUUCACAGCCAAGAAAUUAAGGUUAUAUCACAUGACUUCAGGAGAAGCAUUACCCUUGGAUCAUUCGUUGGAAGCCUGGAUUGCUAAAGAGGAUUGUCCUUUAUAUAAUGGUGGAAAUGUUAUCUUGGAAUAUCUUAAUGAGGAAGAACAAUUUUUUAAAAAUGUCCAUUCUUACUUGGAAUAG